CUCAUAGGUAGAUGAUCUUAAGGAUAUCGGGGCACUCGAGGAGUACAUCCAGCGCUCGCAGGCCAUCCUCUUCUUCCUCUCGCAGGGCUACUUCCGCUCCAAGAACUGCCUCCGAGAGGUUCGCUCGUCGCUCGAGAAGGACAAGCCGCUCGUCCUCGUCCAAGAAGCUGACCCUGAAAAGGGCGGCGGGACGCUGCAGGCGCUGCGCGACGAGUGCCCCGAGGACCUGCAGCCGGCCAUCUUUGACAAGGACUGGCCGCUCACGAUCUGGUAUCGCAUCGAUGAGUUUCAGCUCAUCUCGCUCAAGAUCAUCGCCGAGGCGGUGCUCCUCUGCUCGCCCAACUUUCUGGACAAGACCUCCCUCCCGCUCUGCGUGUCGGGCGAGCUCGAGAGCCAGUCGCUCGCCUUUUCCAAACCGUGCACGCUCUGGGCCUCGCCUGCCAACGCGGGGUCGCUGGAGCUGGCCAACGAGAUCGCCACCGCCUUUGCCGGUCUCACGAUCUCCACCACCGAUGAUCGGCCGGCCGGCGCGACGCACAUGCUUCUCUACCUCAACGAGGACAGCUUCGUCAGCGACGAGCGGCUGGCCGAGCAGGUCAAGCAGGCGCGGGAGGACAGGCUGAAGAUCGUGAUGGCGCACGAGAACGACCCCGCGCUCCGCGGCUGCCAGUUCUCGAGGUUUUUCGAAGUCACGCCGCAGGAGCUCAUCGCCGGCGGACUCUACAAGGACCUGGCAAAAUCGUGCUUCCCGGGGCGCCACCGCAAGGUGUCGCUCGUACUUCUGGCAAAGAGCCUAGGCGCGACCCCCGCUCGGUCGCGGGCGGGCCUCCUCGUCUCGGGCAGCGUCGCCGAGGGCAGCACCAACCUCGCGAAGCGCAGCUUUGGCGGCCUGAGCCGGGUGUUCGCCAAGAUGAGCAGCCGCAGCUCUGCGGCGCGCGACGUCUCUGGAGGCGAGGCGUCGUCGCUGCAGCAGCAGGUCUGAUCGGUUGCGCGAUGUCGUGCGCAAAACGUGGGGCGCGGCGAUGGCCUGCAAACACGGGACAAUAGUAGAGCUAGCUCGCACAUGAAACCGCAUCGGGUGUAUGUGCGCGGCAUUCACAUUGCGUUGGAGAGGGGGGGGGGGGGGGGGAGUCACAUGUAGCAUGUGCAUGUGCAUGUGCAUGUUGUUGUGCAUGUCACGUGCAUGGGCAGUCCGGAUGGAGAUUAUGAUGGUGGGGUUCCAGCUCUUUCGUCCUGC